CCAGUCCGCUCGACUAAUUCCAUUCCUGACGGUCGAUGUGACACACAGCACCGAACGACGAGUGCGAAAAGCGAAGGCGUCUAAAAACAGCUGGCCAACAGUGAGUUCAGCGGGACUUUGGGAGCACACCAAAAAUGGAUGGUUUGCAUGGCAACCGAUGAGGAGUAGUUUUAAAAGCAGUGCGAUUGUUGCACUGGACAAACGAAUCACUUCUAUGAUCGCUUGUUAACCCCCUUCACCUGGAAUACUCCCGCCCUGUUGAACGAGCCCAGAAAAUGAUACUGCAGUUCCGUUGCGAGCCACAUCUUGCCAACAACUUAUCAAGCAAACCAACCAACUGCUACUCCAGCUCGCCUCCUCGAACAGCAAAGGCGACGGUCGUUGGCAAACAUCGUACCAUCGGCACAGCAACACCAAAUGUCUUCAAGCUAGCAAAGCGCAACAAGCAAUACAGUCUGCAGCAAACAGCGCGUAUGGUGAAACUUUUACGCAUCAGCGAGAAAAGCCUCACACCAUUUACCUAACCUACCACCUGCAACGAGAUCUGUGAUAAAUGAUAAUCGUUCUGAGCAAACGUACGUGUGAUAAACGUGUCGAAAGUAUAUUUUUGUGAAACGAAUUAGAAACGACCGUUACUGUAGUGGUGAAAUGUGGUGAAACUAGAAGUUUGAAGUUAAAAGCUUUAGGUGAUUUUAAGUUUGCGCGCGUGUGGUGAAUAUAAUCAAGUGGUGAAAGCGUGUUUGUGUUCCGAGCGCCACCUAGGCGGAAUCGUAUGGAAGCUCGCAAAGGUGACCAUACUGUGUCUUGGCUAAACAAGGUUGGUGAAUACAAGUGGUGUGUGUGUGUGUGUGGUGAAUAAGCAAUAGGCGUUUUGCUGAAACCGUUCGAAAGUGAGAGAGUGUGUUUUAGAUCAUUUAUUGUAAUUGUGGCCAAUGUACAGUGAUCGGAUCGUAUUCGGAUAUAAUUUGAUUGAAUAAUAUUGUACGCUGGCGUUAGCGAGCUUACGAGGUGGCUCUGCCAUCGUGGCGAUGCCAUUUAUCGACGAUGAGUUGCUGUGGUCCCCGGACAACGAUGGACGGAUGGUGGAUCUGCAAGCAUGUCUGCAAACGGAGAGCAACCAAGCCACGGCAAGCCAAACGGCCGAGCUGGCGAGCGAGUUGAACACACUGGAGGAGCAGCUGGAAAAUGAUUCGGACGAGCUGUUGCGGCAGCUGACCGAGAACACGUUCGAGUUGGAACAGUUCUUCCAGGACUUUCCUGCCACCGAGAUAAAAGUCGAGGAGAAUAACAAUGAUCUUCAGCUAGACGAGGAAACGAACGGACAGAUCUUCCUGCAGAAUUGUAGCCAGUUCCUAACGUCGGCAGCGGCGGCCGCCCAGCUGAGCGCCCUCUCCGUCACCGAGCCAAACGAUCUGGACGGUGGGCUGCAGCGGCUUUGCUCCGGUGGAAACGAUCAGCUCGUUGGCAGUGGUGGACUCACCACGCAACAGCUGCAGGAGCAGAUACUGCUCGCCCAAGCGCAAGGGUUGCUGCAGCAGAAUCGCUUCAACAACUCGCUGCUCGCCGAAAAGCUCCUGCAGAACCACCAUCACCAUCAGCAGCAGCAGCAGCAGCAGCAGCAGCAACAGCUACACCUCCAUCAUACCCACACAAACAGUCAAAAUGGUGUUACCAGCCUGGAUGCUCUCGGCGUGCCGUCCAGCAGCAGCAGCGGCGGCAGCAACAAUGGCAACAAUCAUCACAGCAGCAGCAAUGGGAGCAGCAGCAGUAACGGUGGACGAGCAAACAAACCGCCCGACAUCGUCAUAAAAGAUGAAAUCAAAUAUCAAGUGGACACCGAGAUACCGAUCCUGCCGCAGUCGCCGAGCCCGCCGCCACAGCAACGGUCCUCGCUGGCCGGUGGCCAGUCGCAGCAAACGGCCAGCCUGCUGGCCAGCACGUUACAGCCGUCCCAGCAGCACAGGCCCCUGCUCCAUGGGCUCCUCAGCGGUACGCACCUCCCACAAGGGCCGUACCACCGCGGCUACAGCACGUCCAGCACAGGUUCGCUACCUCCGAGUCCCGCCGACAGUGGAGUGUCCGAUGUGGACAGCUCCAGCAGCGGAGGCCAGCCGGCCUGCAGUGACGAGCUGAAGGCUCGCCUUGGCAUUCCGACCAGCAGUACCGGGCCGGUUAGCAAUCAGCCCGGCCAACCAUCGCAUCCCCAUCAGCAGCAGCAACACCAGCAGCAACAGCAGGCCUCCCAGCAACAGCAGCAGCAGCAGCAGCAGCAGCAUCACCAGCAACAUCACCAGCAACAACCACCGCCCCAGCAUCAGCACCCGCAGCAGAGCCAAUCGCUCUCGGUGCAUCCGAAUGGCGGGACCGUCGGUUCGCCGAACGGUAGCAGCGCCACUUCCCUCUCCUCCUCGUCCGCUCUCUCGCAGGUGGCCGCGGCGGCCGUUGCUGCAGCCGCCACCCAGCAGCACCUUCAGCAGCAGGCCGCCCACCUGCAGUCGGGACCGUUCCUGAGGCCCAACUUUUACCAUCACAGCUCGCCGCCGCUGCGCAACAUCUGGAACCAGCGGAGUGUACCACUGUCGGACAACUAUCACUACCUGCAUUCGAUGAACUCGCCGAACGGCUACCCAUCGGCAGCGGCCGCAGCUGCCGCCGCAGCGGCCAAUCACUUCGCUUCCGGUGGCGCCACCAACGGAACGGCCAGCAACGGCCCGACCGGUGCUGCUGGUGCGUUGGGCCGUAGCGCUGGAACCGGCUCGAGCGGACCGCUCGCAGGCAAUGGUACGAUGGGACAGCACGGCCACCUUGCUGCGCCACACCAUGCCGGCAAUUCGAACGGCCACCAUCACGGUGCCCAUCUGGGCCAGCAGCACGGCCUGGGACAUCACGGGCACGCCGGCUCGGGGCAUGUUGUUGGCGGUGGGGCAAACUCGGCCGCCGCCGCUGCCGCCGCACUGAUGGCGAACGGGAUCGGGCUCGGCCAUCACGGGCAGCACGGUCCGCACAGCGUGUCGUCCAGCUGUCCCGACGAUCUGUCCUACAUGCUCGAGCUGGGCUUUCAGCCGCGCAAGCUGAAGAAGCCGAAGAAGCCGAAGCUGGAGAUGGGCGUGAAGCGGAAGUCGCGCGAAGGCUCCACCACCUACCUGUGGGAGUUUCUGCUGAAGCUGCUGCAGGACCGCGAGUACUGCCCGCGGUUCAUCAAGUGGACCAACCGGGACAAGGGCGUGUUCAAGCUGGUCGACUCGAAGGCCGUCUCGAAGCUGUGGGGCAUGCACAAGAACAAGCCGGACAUGAACUACGAGACGAUGGGCCGGGCACUGCGCUACUACUACCAGCGCGGCAUCCUGGCGAAGGUGGACGGGCAGCCUGGUGUACCAGUUUGUGGACGUGCCGAAGGACAUCGUCGAGAUCGACUGCACCGGGGCCUGAAGUCCGCGCCGGGGCCGCACCCGUUGCAGCUCGGCGAUGCGGCCCACGGAACGUACACCGUCCGACCGACAGGAUCAGCAACAACCACCAAUCCAACGCUAGUCCGCUUGCUUCCAGAAAAAACAGAGCGAGAGAGAGAAAGAGAGAGAGAACGAGAGAGAGAGUGAGUGAGAGCUGCCUACUUCUGCUCCUGCUGUGCGACUUUUCCGUGCGUGCGUGGAAAACAGCCGGAACAAUCGCUUGGUGCUGGUUGCUCGCCGGCCACUUCACUGACGUCUGCGAGUCUCUGUACGGCUGUACCCCCGCUCUCCCAACUCUGAAGUCUACCCCUUACCCCCAACCUCCCCUCAAAGCCCUUUGUACAAUUGGAUCGUUUUACCACUUUGAUAUUUAUUCGUCCUUUCUUUAAGUUUUUUUUUUGUAAUUAUGAUUCGUUUGUUAUCACUCUAGAGUUAAUAUUGCCCCCACCUCACCCACUUUCCCCACGCGUGUAGGGGAAGAUGGAUAGGUUUUAUGUUAAACUUUUUAAACAAGAGAGACGCGCUCAACUGGUGUACGUUCUCAUACAAUUAUUUUUUUAGAAUACAUCCAACCGAUGAAUGUUUUAAAUCAAAUUAAAACACUCAUAAAGACAAUAACACACAUACACACAAAGUAAGAGAAGCUUCUGGAAAGCUUGACAGAAAGCUCAGAAUUGCAACAACAACAACAACAACAACAAAACAUAUAAAUUAGUACAAUUUACAAAACAAACAGAAAUGAGCCGGAAAUUGUGUUGCUAACCAUCAUAAAUCCAUCCAUAAGACAGCAACCAUCAAACGCAAUACAGAAGAAUGGAAGAAAUAAGAGAGUACAAAAAGAGAAGAAGAACAAGAAGAAGAAGAAGAAAACACACACACAUAAAGCAUAAGUUGUUACUGGCAAUAGUGAAUAGUGUUUAUGGAAUAGAGUUUAUUCUCGUCCACGUUCCCCCGUUGAAAUAGUUAAGCAAACAGCAAAAACAAACAGUUGGAAAUUGGAUAAAGAAAACUAUCCAAAACCGCUAAAAUGUAUACAAAAUUAUAACACACACACACACACAACAAUAGUACCAUGGAAAUGAUUUUAGUUUUUGAGCUUAACUUAUCGCUUUUUUAUGUUUUUUGUUUGUUUUACGUUUUUUUUUAAUUAAAUCCCAUCAAAUAACCUGCGUGAGAGAUAUUGUUUUGUUCGUGUGCGUGUUUUGCUAGGUUCGGAAAGUUUCUCAUUUGUAAUUACGAUUUUGUAAGAUAGUUGUUCUAUAAGUCGGUUUAGUGUUUUGUUUUAAGACAUACAAGCAGCAAGUAAGCGAGUAGACAAGGAGCAAAGGAUCCUACCAUCGUUUCGCUAAUAGUGUUUAAAGCUACUAUCGUCUUGGUGUACAUUUUAUGUUUUACAAAUCAUACCAUUUAAGUUUGUGCUAGUAAUGCUGCCCUGUUCAGCACUGUAAAAAUGUAAAGAGCGAGGUUUCGGAAGCCUCCGGAGUGAGUUUUGUAUUUUAUUGCGGCUAGGGUUUAGGUUUACACGCUCUCCCAAGCAAGCUCCGUUCACACAGCAACAACUUUAAUUUUGUUACUUUAAUUUCGAUCUACUACUACAGCGACUACUACUAUCGCAUACUACUACUACUACUUUUAGAGUUUAGUUCAACGGUUUACCUUUACUGCAGAGUAAGAGAAGCAAUCUGGAACCGGAAGAGUUUACUUAGGGCGACGCCCGGUCUCUGCAAUCAUUCUGCUAUAGCUUUCCACUGCCUAUUCCGUGUGAAUUGGACUUGCUGCCACUGCAACCGGAAGUGUCCUCUUUUUUUUUUAAAUACAAAACUCCAUGAUGAAGCAUGAAUGACGAUACUCCCGGUAGAACAAGCUCCUACUCACUACGAGACCAGCAUGAAGGGUACUGCUAGAAAAUCGCGAGGAAAAAGAAAAGAGAGAACACAGAUACGAAGAAACGAACAGAAAAGGGGACCGUAGCGGAGUGUGUGGCGCUUGCUUGCCCGAUUGGUUUCCCUUUUUGCGUUUGAAGUUUAUUAUUUUCAAUUCGGUUGUUUACUUUAUUAAUGAGUUUUAUGUUUUGUUUUGCGUUCACUUUUAUUUUCUUUUCAUUUUUGCUUUUUGUGUUGUGUUUAGAAUCUUGAUCUCAUUAAUUUAUUCGUCUGCUUUCUUUGCCUCCGGGAAGAGUAUUUGUCACAUUAGCGCGUGUGUGCGUGUGUUUUUUUUUAAACUGUGUGUGAGUGUACAUUUCAAAAAGCGAUGAUGAAACAAA